UCACUUAUCAGUUCCAUGCUGGUGCAGACAUCCAUUUGAAAUGCGGGGAAGACUUAGAGCCUACACUUGUAAUUUGGCGCGAUCCGCUCAAUAAAACUACUUCUAAACGAACUUUAAUGCUAAUGAAUGUCACAGUUGCACAGUCCGGUGAAUACUACUGCCAGCUAUACCAUAAUAAAGACAUGGAAUUUCAUCAGUCGACUUUUGUUCUGAUACAAGAUAAACCAUCUCACCCCAUUUUAAUACAUGCACAGGCGUUAUCGGAAAGUUCAUUGAAUGUUUCUUGGACUGCUGGAGCCAAUCAAAACAGUCCUAUCUCACUUCAUUCUGUUUACCUCCACGAUGAGAAUGGUUUGGUGUUACAGAAGAACGUUUCGUUUCCACUAUCUGGUACAACACUUCAUAAUUUAAAACCGUAUACUUGCUAUACUUUGUUUAUCCGUGCUUUGAACGAUGUUGGGUGGAGUGACUUCAGUAAUCCCGAACAUUUAUUAACUCUUCCUGGUUUGCCUGUUGCACAUCCAACAGUCCAUGUGAUCAAUGUGUCGAGUCAUUCCAUUUUCAUAGGCGUUGAAAACACAAAUCUUAAAGGAGUAAACCCGGAUAAUGCCAAAAGAUGUUCAAGCCAGGAUACUCGAUUCGCAACGUCUCUUCUUGGUCCUUUAACAGCCUAUACUGUCACAGUUGCCACUAUGCAGCCCUAUAAACUUAUUUCAAAGGAGCAACAUCAUGCAUCUACAUCUUAUCCACAGGUUUUAGUCAUAUCACCUCUGAAUCCAUUCACACGAUACAAUCUGUCUUUCGCUUUUUACAAUGGUCGUUUCGUGGGCCCGUCUUCUUCACUUGUCGUUUCAACAACAGAAGGAAUUCCAGAUAAACCCAAAAUAAUAAAUUCAAGGAGUUCAUCAAAUUCAGUGGUAAUCAACUGGGAGAAUGAAACUGUUACCGUUGGAAAAAUAAUUGCUUAUAAAGUAGAGCUACAUACAUGUCCUGGGAAUGACACUGUGAUAUCAAAGAGGUUGAAAGCUGUUCAGCUGAAUGCAACAUCUCAACACUUUGCAUUUGAAAAUCUGGAUCCCAGCACGUGUUAUGUUGUUCACUUAGCGUCUGCUACAAAAGCCGGGUUCAGCACUUUCAGCAAAAUUGAAGUUCAAACAGAAUCAAACGCUCCAUCACCACCUUUUGUUGUGGGCGCUUCUUUUUUGGAAACAAACGAGAUUCUGGUCAACUGGACAUGUACAAACGAAUGUUCGUCGGUUUUAAAAAACCCAAGAUUUUCAGUGUGCUGGUAUUUUCACUUGUUUCCUUCUGAAAAAAAGUGUCUACCCACUCAAACAUCAAAUAAAAUGAAAUCGGCCUAUUGUUAUUGUGAUGAACAAGAAAAAUUUCAAUGGACGACUUUCCCAUCAUCUUCUAUUUUUGAUGAAGCGAAAUCUGGUCGAAUAAUUUUCACUGUUCGCUCAAGUAUUCCAAGAAUAAAUUGUGCUGAUUACCAGCAAGACUGUGAAAUUCAAAGUGAUGACUCCAAUAUAGUCAUUUUAGAUCUUUUAUCUUCCCCGUCACAUCGACGUCUUCAGACUACACGAAAGUAUGAUUUCAAUGUUACAAUCGCGGCAAUAGUAUCUUUUACACUGCUGAUUUUCUUCUGUGUGAUAAUUGCAGCUUGUUUUGCAAAUCGAGUGCAUUGUUUCACUGUCAUGUGUCUGACUGGGGCUUCGUGUUAUCGUAAAGCAGAUGUACCAGCUAAAUAUCGUCGUGUAACACCAUUUCGUUUGAGUAAAACUAAUCAUAAGGCAAUUUCAAGCGCAGAAUUUCGUGACCACGUUAACACUUGUCAUGCUGAUGAUGAUGCUGGAUUUCAAGCUGAAUUUGAAUCGUUGGAGCAGAAUGUUCAAAAUGAUUGGCCAACAUCUGUUGCUCGAUCCCCAGAGAAUAUUGCGAAAAAUCGAUAUUCCAACAUCUUGGCUUAUGACCACUCAAGAGUUGUACUCAAAGAAACUGGAACAAAAAGUGAUUAUAUUAACGCGAACUAUGUGGAUGGUUAUCAUCGUCGAGCAGCAUAUAUAGCUGCUCAAGGCCCUAUUCCAUCAACUUUUGAUGAUUUCUGGCUAAUGGUAUGGGAGCAAAUGUCCAAUGUAAUUGUUAUGAUAUCUAAUUUUGUUGAACGUGGUCGACGAAAAUGUGAUAAAUAUUGGCCUAGUUCAGGUCAACAAACCUAUGGGAAUAUAUCAGUUCGUAUUGUCUCCGAGGUUGUACGGGCAUUCUACACCUUUCGGGUGUUCUCUAUCCGUAAUAUCAAGGCUAAACGUAGUUCUAAAGAUCGUUUUGUCUAUCAUUAUCAGUAUACAGAUUGGAGAGAUUUUGAUGUACCACCAUCUCCACUUCCAGUAUUGAAAUUUGUAGAAGCUUCUAUUACUCACUGGACAUUAGAAAAGGGUCCAAUUGUGGUGCAUUGCAGCGCCGGUGUUGGUCGAACUGGUACCUACAUUUGUAUUGAAAGUCUAAUACGUCAGCUUAAAGUGGAAAAGGCUGUUUCUGUUCGAGGAUUUUUGGAGCAUAUACGCCAACAACGCAUGAAACUUGUACAGACAGAACAACAAUAUGCUUUUAUUCAUGAUGCAUUAUGUGAAUAUAUACUAUAUCCGUGUCAUUCAAUUCAUCCGUUACACUUCAGUGAUUAUGUGAGACAUUUAUAUGAAUUAGAUCAAGCAGGUGUAUCGAACUUAAAGAAACAAUUUGAUAUGUGUAUGGAUUUCGGAUAUAACUCCAUCGGCGGCAGUACGAACUCGGGUAAUUCAAUUGUGGAUCAAAUGAAAUUGCCUAUAUCUACAGGUAUUUCUGAUAGUUUAGGCAUUGAUUUUUCUAUUCUUCAUGGAUUCUUAAAUGUCUGUGAGUAUAUUGUUAUUCGGCAUCCAUUAGGCAAUAAUAUUACUGACUUUUGGAAAAAAGUAUGGGAUGCUAAUUCAUCGUUGAUUGUAUGCCUGUCCGAUGAAAGUCUACUACCAUUUUGGCCAGAUGAAACUGAGCAGACAAGAACUAUUGGCUGGUUACACAUAAAUUUUACCCGUAAGGAACAAUGUAGUGAUUCGUUAGUACGCUUCCAAUUCUUACUAACAUCUGAUCGAGAGGAUUAUGCCCUACCAUUUACACUAUGGCAGUUUAAUAGAUGGCCAUCUGUUGAGUUGGAAAAUCCACAAGAAUCAAGAAUUGCUUCAGAAUUACUUGUAUUGGCAACACGUUUAACACAGGAUAAUUUGAAAUUUCCAAGUUCACCUGCGCCUAUCGUCCUAGUAGAUGAAACUGGUGGUUAUCGAGUGGGUACAUUCUGUGCAAUUCGUAUUCUAAUCAGUCAAUUUAUGGAUGAUUUCCUUCUCGAUGUCUAUUUUGUCUUCAAGAUGUUAUGUCUUCAACGACCUCAUAUAUUUCGAGGUUACUGGGAUUUAGAAUUCAUUUAUACACUGAUGCAAUACUAUUUAAAAAAUGAACUAUCCUCUUCAUGGUGUUCGAACAUAACAACAACAACAACAGAUCCACGUUAUGGAACUUUAUCGUAUUUACUUGAAGGACGAAAUACUACUGCUACUACUAAUAAUCACCCUGGCAGCAGAAUAUCUCCAGUUGCUAUUGGUGAUGGUGGUGGGAGUGGUGAUGGUGUUGGUGAAAACACUUCACCUAAACGCAUCCUGGGACAACUUUUCUUCAAUCGUCGUAGAUUUACACAUUCAUCAAAGUGUAAAUAUCAUUGUCUCACCAACAACGAUAAUAAUAAUAAUAAUAUCCCAUUAUUACUUAAUGGAAGUACUAAAUAUCAUCAUCAUCAUCAAAUCAAUAAAACGGCUAUCAAUUCACUUUUACAUGACAAUGAUGAAGAUGAGUGCAAUAUGAAUAGUAAUCAUCAUAAUCAUAAUAUUACCAACAGUAUUGAUGGUCCAUUGACUGAUGCAUAUCAUCGUGAAGAAUCACUUGUUGUAGACAAACAUCAUUACAACAGUAAUGUUAGGACAAUAGAACCACCAUCAUCAUAUUGUUGUGAUGGUAUUCAAUCAAGAAAAAAGCAUCAAUCUGUUGAAUUUCUUUCAUUCCAAACAAAUCAUCCUUCGCAUAUUCCAAAACAGGUUCCUAAUCAUUAUCAUCAUCAUGCAGAAUAUCCUACUCUGUGA